AAGAGAUUGCGCGAGAUUGGCGGAUCAGCUCAAGCGGUCAAACAUGUCGCUCUCGAACAAGCUCUCGAUCAGCGACGUUGAUCUCAAGGGCAAGCGAGUCCUCAUCAGAGUCGACUUCAACGUCCCUUUCGGUGACGGCAAGAUCACCAACAACGCACGAAUCGUCGCUGCUUUGCCCACCAUCAAGUAUGCCAUCCAGAAGGAGGCAAAGGCGGUCAUAUUGAUGUCACAUCUCGGCCGUCCGGACGGCAAGGUACAGUCAAAGUACUCGCUCAAGCCUGUCGCAGACGAGCUCAGCAAGCUUCUCGACGGCAAGCAUGUCAAGUUUCUCGACGACUGCGUUGGCGACAAGGUCGAACAGGAAUGCGCGUCCGCCCAAGGCGGCGAAAUCAUCUUACUUGAAAAUUUGCGCUUUCACAUCGAGGAAGAAGGCUCAUCCAAAGACAAGGACGGCAAGAAGACAAAAGCUGAUCCCGAAAAGGUCAAGGAAUUCCGCAAGUCUCUCACUGCUCUUGCGGAUGUCUAUGUCAACGAUGCUUUCGGCACAGCUCACCGUGCCCAUUCGUCCAUGGUAGGCGUCGAGCUGCCCCAACGCGCAUCCGGCUUCCUCGUCAAGAAGGAGCUUGAAUUUUUCGCAAAAGCGCUAGAGAAGCCAGACAGACCCUUCCUGGCCAUUUUAGGCGGUGCAAAGGUGUCCGAUAAGAUUCAGCUCAUCGAGAACUUGCUCGACAAGGUCAAUUCGCUCAUCAUCUGCGGCGGCAUGGCUUUCACUUUCAAGAAGACACUCGACGGCGUGAGCAUCGGCAAAUCACUCUUUGACGAGGAUGGAUCGCAAAAGGUCAAGGCACUCGUCGAGAAGGCAAAGAAGAACAACGUCAAGCUCGUCUUUCCCGUGGACUACAUCACUGCGGAUGAUUUCAAGAAGGACGCCAAGGUUGGCAAAGCGACAGACCAGGAAGGCAUUCCAGAUGGUUGGAUGGGUCUCGAUGCGGGUGAGAAGUCACGCGAGCUGUUCAAAACGACGAUUCUCGAGAGCAAGACCAUCCUCUGGAACGGUCCAGCAGGCGUUUUUGAGUUUGACAACUUCGCCGGCGGCUCCAGAGCGACAUUGGAUGCUUGUAUCGAAGCGCAAAAGAACGGCGCAACUGUCAUCAUUGGGGGCGGCGAUACUGCGACGGUCGUUGCUAAAUACGAUGCCGAGGACAAGCUUGCUCACGUCUCCACAGGCGGUGGCGCGAGUCUCGAGCUGCUCGAGGGUAAAGAUCUGCCGGGAGUCGCGGCACUCUCCUCAAAGUAAGGUCUGUUGCGGUCUAGCCAGCUAGUCUCGCUAGCUAACCGCCGCACUGUCUCAGGAGCGGAAGCAGACUGUAGAAAUACAAUGCAGUUUGAC